GGCAUUCCAUACAGCAAGAAUUGACGGAGCUGCGAAGACCGCGGAACUAAGGAAACCUGUUCUUAGUUAUUUUGGCCCCUUCUGUAUCGUCCCAGCUUUAUCGAGUGUUGAAUAACCAAAUUGAUCGAUCUGAAGGCGACUGCGUUGUUGCGGGGGGGCCUGCCCACUGCCAUAUUCAGCAGCUGGGACCUCUGUGACUAGCGGGACCACAGCAUAAUGAACAAAUCGAGGGCGCCUCCGGAUGCGCGCAUCCAAAAGAUGCGUGAGCUGGAGGAACGGCUUGCGAACCUAAAGGCGGACCGCAAGGUUGAGCAAAAGAUGGUUGCUGUUGCGGAGUUUGAGGCGCGUACCACGAAGAAGAUUGUGGGCAACCUGGUACAGCAGCGCUACGAUGCACUGAAGGCGCGCGCUGAGGCAGACCUGAACGCCCGCCGGCAGCGGCUCGCGGAUAAGCUGGACGCUGAGGACCUGGCCAUGCGCCAGGAGCUGCUCGCUAGCAAGAAGACGCCGGAGCAGCGGAGGGCGGAGCUGGCGGAGCGGGCGCGCGCACUGGCAGCGACACGUGAGGCAGAGCGACAGGCGCUGGCGUCCACCCUGUACGAGAAGGCGUUCAUCCAGAGCUGUGACGUUCUGCGUGAUGAGAACUCGAAGCGCAUUUUGUACCGCACGAUAGAGGAGCGCAAUGCGCAGAUUGAGCACAAGAUGGCGCAGCGGAUCAUGGAGGCCGAGGAGAAGCGCAUGUGGCACGAGAUGAGCGAGGUCGAGCGGCAAAAGAUGGAGCAAAGAUACCUGGACGACAAGCGCCGUGACCGCGAGAAGCGCGAGGAGGUACUGCGCAUCCUAGACGAGCAGGUGCGCCAGGUUAACGCGCGGCGCGCCGAGGCCAGCAUGCUGCGCCGCGCUGAGAUCGCGGAGCUCAACGCCACGUGGCGACAGAUGGCGGCGGACCAGGAGGCCGCCGAUGUGCAGGAGCGCGAGAACAUGAAGAAGCUGGCGGCGGAGCUGCAAGAGUUCAACCGCAUCAAGCAGAUGGAGAUCUCGGAGGCCGAGCGCUCGGAGAGGGAGCUGGACCUGAAGAUCCUGCAGGAGGCGCUCUCCAAGGAGGCCGCGGACGAGGCGGCAGAGCUGGCGUUCCGCGAGCGGCGCCGUGAGGAAAUGCGGCGCUACCGCGAGCAGCUGGCGCUUAUGAUGGAGAAGGAGCGCGAGGAGACGGCGGAGCGGGACGCGCUCAUCCUCAAAGCGCAGCUGGAGCAGGAGGCCAAGCGCGAUGCGGAGCUGGCAGCACGCGACGAGGCGCGGAGGCAACUCAUGGCGCAGGUGGACGCCAUCCGGCAGAUCCAGAUCCAGGAGAAGCUGGCCAAGAGGCUGGAGCGCGCGGAGGAGAAGGCGUUCGAGCGAGCGCAGAUGGCGGAGGAGGUGGCCAAGGCGGAGUCGGAUGCGGCGGCCAAGGAUGCAGCGGAUCGCAAGGCGGGCAUCCAGCGGCGACUGGAGUUGCAGACUAUGAUGGUGGCCAAGGCGCAUAUGAAGGCGGCAGAGCUGGACGAGAAGCUGGCGGAAGGCGAGGCCACCAAGCGCGUAGAGGACCAGUUCAAGGCCAAGGUGAACCAGACGCUGUCAAGCACGGACCCGCCCGUGUGGCACGGCCGGCGGAAGUUCGAUUGGUGAGCAUGUGGCGACCAAGUGGUUGUAGCGGCCGCGGAGUUGGGAUGCAGGCCCAGGCUAUCAGUGUGUGGAGCAGGCGGGAGCCACUGUGGCAGUGGGUGCUGUGUUUGUUUGCUUCGACUGUGGGUACCAUUAGCUUUGAGGGUUUACGCGAAAGGUGUUCAGGUAGUAGUCUAGCGCUGGCGGUACGCUGGCAAUUCCUCGGUGCGCUCAGGACCAGCAGCGCUGCUGUGAAGUAGCAAGCAAGGCCUGGAUUCCUGAUAUUGCUUAGCUUGAGUUGGCACGCGCACAGGCAUGACCAGCAGGAGAACCGUGUUACCGUGGCCAGCCGUGGCCGACUGUCAGCUGAUGAGUCUGACUUUGCUUCUGUCACUGUCCCCGAUAUCACGGCCAGCGGUAACACUGUCUUCACCUGGUAUAGAUGAGGCCCGGCAGCGCGCACAACCCACAGAAUGGGUUGUACAGAAAGCAAGGACAGACAAGGGCAGCUGAGUGUCCCGAGCUUAAGCCUUAAGGAAGCCGGCUGACGCACAACAUGGCGCGCGGUUAUCUCGUCAAAGAUGCAACUGCUGUCUCUG